AUGGCGAAUUCAAGAAAACUUAGAUUCGAGUACGUCAAGAACUUCGAGCAGCCAGAUGUGCUCCUGCCCAGUACGUGGAUUGUGGUCCGCAUUGAUGGACGAGGAUUUCACAAACUCUCUGAUCACUAUUCCUUCGUGAAACCAAAUGACCGUCGCGCACUGGAUCUGAUGAAUCGAGCCGCUGUCGAAGUCAUGAAAGAUCUUCCAGAUCUAUGCAUUGCCUACGGCGUUAGUGAUGAGUUCAGUUUCGUGUUCCAUCCCAACUCUCAAUUAUUUGAGCGACGUAAUGGGAAAUUGGUGACCACCAUUGUUUCUACAUUUACGGCCUACUACAUCUAUUUAUGGAGCGAGUAUUUCCCGUCGACGCCUCUGAAGCCUCCUUAUCUGCCAUCUUUUGAUGGGCGUGCUGUAGUUUACCCGAACAUUCGCAUCCUGCGCGAUUAUAUGAGCUGGAGACAGGUUGAUUGCCAUAUCAACAACCUCUAUAAUACCACUUUCUGGACCAUGGUAUUGCAGGGUGGUAUGAAAAAUACAGAUGCCGAGCAGGAAUUGAAGGGCACUGUAUCAGCAGACAAGAACGAAAUUCUCUUCAAGCGAUUUGGAGUGAAUUACAAUAAUGAGCUUGAGAUUUAUAAAAAGGGCAGUGUUCUCUACCGCCAGUACGAACUGGAAGAACCCAAGGCUACACAAAUCGACCAAGAGCCACAACCAAGCGUGGAAAACCAGUCGCGGUCACAGCAGGAUAAGAUCCGGAAAUUGCGCCGGAAAGCACAGGUCGUUGUUGACCAUGUCGACAUCAUUAAGGAUGAGUUCUGGGAGAGACGCCCGUGGAUCCUAUCUGGAACUCCGGGCAAAUUACCAGUGUAG